GCGCCGUGGUGAGGAGGAGCAGUGACGAGAGUUCGCUCGGAGUUGUAGUAAUACAGUCAGCAAUUGCUAGAUAAUAAAUGCAUUACAAUGGGUGUUUACUGUAUCGUAAAGAGCUGCAACAAUAAACAAGGGAGACCAGGUAAUACUAUGAUGUUUCAUAGAAUUCCGACCAAAAACGUUGACCUGAUGAAUCAGUGGCUACUUGCUCUGGAUAUAGAUCUAAACACACCCGUAGCCACUAUCAAGGGACAUCGUGUUUGCUCCGAACAUUUCACGGAGGACGACUAUUUUCUAAAAAUGCAAUUUGCCACACGGACAAUGAAACAUGUGCUGAAGGAUACGGCCAUCCCAUCAUUAAUAGUACAGACAGGACAAAGUCGAUCACUUGCGAUCAAGGAUAAUUCGUUUUUGGUGAUCUCUGGACAGUUAUCUGGUAUCAAGUCAAUGACACUUCAAACCCCAGAAGGGAUCCAAGCGAAAAACGAAAGUGACAGGCAGCAAGCAAAAACAACAAUCGACAUCGGCGCAGCUUUUCCGCUGUGGCAAGCAUUCCGAGAAAAAAAUGGAUUUAGGACUGACACAGAACUGGCUUUUUACUUACUAAAGAGGGUGCGUGGUGAAGAACUUUCAGCUCGGAGUAAAAAAAGAAGAUUGGAGACGUUAACUGAUGUGCUUGCACUACAAAAAGUGGAACGUGAGAAAAAUUCAUCUCAGUCCAGCCAGGACCAUCAGUCCACAGAUAAAGAUGACGACGCGGAGAUGGCAGAGAUCUGCUAUGAAGUUCCUUUUCCAUCUCAGACAGAUGAAUCGGCACAGACUGAAUUAGAGUCAGAAGACCAGAUGUUGGAGGACGGGCUAGGAUUUGAAGACCAGAUAAUAUCAGAAGUCCAGAUAAAGUCGGAAGACCAACUGGAAGAAGAUGUCUCCAAUGAUUCUGUUGCUCCAGCAUUAGACAGUGAAGAUAUUGAUUCAGCAUUAGACAGUGAAGAUAUUGAUCCACAGAUUUCAACUUCACCUACUAAAAAAGAAAUAAAAAAAGAACCAGCAGAGACUGAAGGACCACCGGAAAACAGACUUGAAGUCGGCGUGAAUUCAGAUGCUACGUCGGACAAAAUCUGUCACAGUUUUGUUCAGACUGCAAACCCAGUGGCAGUAAAAGAAGAACACACAGAAGAGCCGCUGGUGUCUAAAAAAACUCAUUUAACAGGACUGUUCAGGACAUGAAUUUAAUGUGACGAGCCAGUGCAGGAAUAUACAGCCGUAUAAUCUGGGAACCUCAACCAACUUCUGUGGAAAUGUUCAAAGGGACACUGCAUGUGAUGUGUCUUUUUCCCAAAAGCAUCCCGGCACAGACAGCUAGUUUUUAUAAAGUGGAGUAUCCUUUAUAGUCGCAAUGAAAAAGUCAGCCUACCUUUUUUCAUUUCAGAAGCCUUUUUACUUGAUGUUCAUCACCACGGGAAUCGCUACUUUUGUUUCAUGGCGAAUUUAAAUAAAUGUUUACUUUGAUAUAACACUUAUCAGUUGAAAUGUGCAAACAUAAUAGACAUGUAUGUCUAGAUUUUGUAAAGUGGGAUGAAAAAUAAAGGCUUACUUUGAUGUAACAUGU